AUGGCUUCCAAGAAAGCGCUCGCCUAUGGCGAACAUUUCAGGCCAGAAAGAUUAAAAGAAUGGCCAGAGCCAGAGUCAGUUGCUUUCAUGGAGGCAUUAGCUAGAGAAGACAUUGAUGAAGCUGUACAUGCAAUAGUAUUUAGAGAAAAUUACGUUGCGAAAAGAUUGGAUACAUAUUUUCAGCAUCUGGAUAUUUUCAAGGAAAGAAGAAAAGAGAUGUUACAUAAAAAAUGGAUUGAAAAUGUUGCAGAGCCUCUUCAGCAGAGAAUUACAAAGUAAUUUCAUACGGAGGGUCGGAAAAAAUGAAACGAGAAUUUUGAAUAUUUUUUACAGCACACCAAUAAAAGGGAAAUUGUAUUUGGAGACCUUUCUGAUCCUGAAGUAUGCAAUCCUUUUUAUAUGGCAAAAACAGACCCAAAUUAUGGAAAGUUAAGCAGAACUCCUUUCUGUGGUCCUCUGUUUAGAAGACAGCAAGAGAUGCAUGAAGAGAAGAGAGCUGUUAUUCAGUAUGAGACAGGAAAAGGAUAUACCUUAAAAGAAUUUAAAGACCUAGAGAAGGCUGGGCUUUAUGCCAAAUUGCCCCAAUUCACUUUUACUCUACAUAGUGUUAUUCCAAAAGAGCGGCAUAAAGCCUCUGCGAGAUCUGUGAUAAGCAGAACUCAUAGUAAAUGCAGCCCCAUUUCUGAAAAACUUACCUAUUCAGGAAAGAAAUGUCUACCUGAUAAAGAGAACAAGACUACUGACCUAAGUCAGAUUGUUUUUGAAAGGAAGUUUCAUUCCUCGAAGCUCAGCCAGGAGACUAAAAGGGACGAGAAGAAUUGUGUGGUGAGUGGACGAGAUCUGGGGGGAGCAGGGCGGGGCUGGCGUUGGAGUAAGCAGACAGCACAGACCGCGACCCUGGGCGGCUGGGGACGGCCCGUGGAAAGGAGAGUGAUGAUGGCAGAGGCCCUGGGGCGGCACCGGGCCUCCCUGUAG